AUGGCAGAUAUCGCUGAUGCGACUCCGGCUGCCAACGGCGCCUCUCCUUUCGAGAAGACCAAUGCCUCCGUGGCUCCCAAGCCUGCUGUUAACGGCCGCAAGUCCCUCGGCGCUGACGCUCAGCCCAUGACGCAUUAUCACUCCUUGUUCACUGAUCUCCUUUCCUGGAAGAAUCCCCGCAACUCCGCCAUCGCCUAUGGCUCUAUUGUUACCUUUAUUCUCGCCACCCGUUACUUCGACAUCCUCCGCUGGGCCAUCAAGCUCUCAUGGAUGACCCUUGCGGUCACCAUCACUGCCGAGGCUGCCGGCAAGCUUGUUCUUAACAGUGGCAUUGCUUCGCAGCUUCGCCCUCGCCGUUACCACACCAUCCACCGCGACACGAUUGACGGUGUUGUCAGCGAUGCUCACGAGCUUGCCAACUUCUUCAUUAUCGAGGCCCAGCGCAUUCUAUUCGUCGAAAACAUUGGUGUCUCCGCUGCCGCCUGCGUCGCUGCCUUUAUCUCCUACUUCCUCGUCAAGCUCGUUCCCUACUGGGGCCUUGCCAUCCUCGGCACUACUCUGGCUUUCUUUGUUCCCCUGGUUUACGCUGCCAACAAGGAGCUCAUUGACGAGCACCUCCAGACCGCUUCCGAGGCCAUCAACGCCCAGACUGCCCAGGUCCGGGAGGCUGCCCAGAAACAGGCCGAUCAGCUCACCGCUCUAGGCAAGCAGUACGCUGGCGACUACACUGGCAAGGUGCAGGACAUGAUCCGCGGCCGCCCUGCUCCCACCGCCGCCCCAGUUGCUCCCGAAAAGACCCCCGCAAAGGCCAAGGCCCCCGAAUUCCCGACCGCUCCUACCGAGGAGCCAAUCGCCCCGGCCAAGGAGGCCGCCUCCGAGAUUCCUGAGAUGCCUGCUGUUCCCGAGCAGGAGCCUCUGAUUGCUGCCUAA